CUCGUUCAUCUCUAUGCCCAACCUUGUCCUCAAUUGUUGCUAUGUUCACGAAGUCCGUGACCUCGGUAGCUCUUGCGUCGCUUGCGCUGCAAGCUAGUGCUGUGUCAAAGAAGCAAUGGCAUAAGCGAGCGGAUCAUUUGUACCUGCCAAAGGAGACCAGCGACUACAAGACCGCUUCGGCUCCGAACAAUGUUACAAUUCGGUACAAGAACCCUGGUAUCUGCGAGACGACCCCAGGCGUAGACAGCUACUCUGGAUAUGUCGAUCUUAGUCCAGACGUCCACGUCUUCUACUGGUUCUUUGAAUCCCGCAACAAGCCAGCCGAAGACCCUUUUACGCUCUGGCUCAACGGAGGCCCUGGAUCAGAUAGUCUGAUCGGUCUUUUUGAAGAGAAUGGACCCUGCAUGCUGAAUGAAAACUUAACAACGGUCUACAACCCCUACAGCUGGAACAAUGUGUCCAACAUGUUGUACAUCUCUCAGCCCGUCGGCACAGGUUUCAGUUAUCAGAAGCAGGGCGUCGGCAGCUUCAAUCCCUGGUCUGAGGAUUUCCACUACAAUUCGAGCGACUGGCCGGCGACUGGAAGGUACCCUCUCUUGGACCCGCUGAACACGGGCACAAUCGAUACUACGGAUCUUGCUGCUGCCGCAGCUUUCCACGUACUGCAGGCGCUGUUGAACACCAUCCCCAAAUUCGACACCAAGAUCGGAACGCCCAAGGAAUUCAAUCUCUUCACUGAGUCCUACGGUGGUCACUAUGGACCGGCGUUCUUCAACUACUUCUACAACCAAAAUCUGAAAAUUCAGAACGGUAGUAUGCCAGGCUACCCGCUCAACUUCAACUCGCUGGGCAUAAUCAACGGCAUCAUCGAUGAGUCUGUUCAAGCCGAGCAAUACCCCGAGUUCGCUGUCAACAACACCUACGGCAUCAAAGCCUACAACGACACCGUCUACUCCUACGCCAAAUUCGCCAACAACAUGUACAACGGCUGCCUCGAUCAGAUCAAGAUCUGCCGCGCCGCAGCCGAAGGUAACGCUAGUUACUAUCAUACGGAUGCGCCCAUCACCGAAGCCCAACUCACCCCCGGUGUGAUGCAGAUCUGCAACGAAGCCGCCGACAUGUGCCGUGACAACGUCGAAUCGCCGUACUACUACUACAGCGGCCGCGGGGUCUACGAUAUUAGGCAUGACAGUAACGAUCCCACUCCGCCGUCUUACUACCCUGACUAUCUGAACCUGCCGGAGGUGCAGCAGGCGCUUGGCGUGACUCUCAACUACUCGAGUAAUAACGGCAUCUACUACGCGUUCCAGAACACUGGCGAUUUCAUCUACCCCAACUUCAGACUGGAUCUUGAGCAUUUGCUGGAUCAGGAUGUGCGUGUCAGUCUGGCGUACGGCGACGCCGACUACAUCUGCAACUGGUUUGGCGGCCAAGCCAUCAGUCUCGCCGUCGACUACACCCACAGCAAGAAAUUCCGCGCCGCGGGCUACGAAGCCAUGAUGGUUGAUGGCAUGGAGUACGGCGAGGUGAGGCAGUACGGUAACUUCAGCUUCGCGCGGAUCUACGAGUCCGGGCAUGAGGUGCCUUACUACCAGCCUGAGGCUGCCCUGGCGUACUUCAAUCGUACGCUGUACCACUACGAUAUCGCGACGGGUGAGAAGAAGGUCACCGCUGAUUUGGAGACUUCUGGGCCAGCGAAUGCGACGCACACGAACUCUUUUGUGCCGCUCACGACGAGUAAUAUUCCUGUGUUCCCAUCGGCAAUUUAUCCUGCGACUACAUCGGCGUACUAGAAUGGAUAGUACGAGAAUCCAUCAUGGAUUGUAGCCUACGGCGCAACUCUCCACACGCUUAGUUGCUAUUACAAGAUCGUGAGUAGCUACUUCCUUGGAGAACGGCGAGAAUAGAUAAUUGAUGAAGUCCACGGGUGACACAUACCAAAAUUUAUCAAUGCGUAAUAUGAUACCAUUAGUAUUCGACAUCUGCGUAUUUCAAAGUUGCACUGGAGCGAGUAUGGCAAGAUAAGACAGUUUGGAGGUGCACUCGACUUGGCAACAAAGAGUAUACACACAUCAUCCCAUUCGGUCUGGUAAGCAGUGCUCUGUGCAUGCUCGAGACUCUUCAGAAAGUGUAUUGUCAUGUAAAACAUUUGUCACAGUGGAGUCUUACCUUCACGGCCAUUCCAUCGCACUCGAUAUAUUUGGAUCCACUGUCUCGAUCCCCCGUGUAGGACAGGACCGCAUAGCGAGGUAGAGGUUCCACUUUAUAUGUCAGCAGUCUG